AUGAACCAUGAUGCCACCGCCCCGACCGAACCGGCGGACCCUCACCCGAACGAGACAUCGCAUCGCCGUACCCGUCGCCGCGAGGACCGCGUCCAAGACGCCGACCUAUCAACAGACCAACAGCAACAACAAAAUGGGUCUACUACGGCAAACACUUCACAGCAGCCGCAGCCGCAUCGAACAUCAUUGUCGAAGAAGGCGAAAGAGGGCUUAUCCAAGAAGCUGGUGUUCCUGAUACACCUGCUCCGGAGCUUAGACACAUUGAUAUGUGCUGAGCUAUGUGCACUUUAUUAUAUGGAUUGCUCCUUCUUUCGUCUCAUGAUCCGCUGGGCGCCCCAGUGGCUCUACCUCAGUCCCAAAUCCGAGAACCUGAUCCUCAUCAUACCAAACUACCCCGUGGGCGCCAUCCUUGGGCCCAACGCCUUCUGCAUGCUAUUCCACAUCAUAACGACGCUUCCCCAUGCCGGCGAGGCAGCGCGGGGAUACCUGCACGGCGGCGUCCUGAUCGAUUUUGUCGGGCAGAAACCCCCAAGCUCCAAGUUCACGUUACUAUUUCUGGAUCUGGUGGUUUUGAGUCUGCAGUGUUUCAUGUUGGCGGUCAACAUGGAGAAGGACAGGAUAAAAACGAUUGUCAAGCCACCGAAACGACCGGCGGCUGUAGAAGGAGGGACGCAAACGAUGGAGGCUUCGACGAGUACAACCGGCCAGGAUCACGAUGCUGAAGAACGGGGCGUCCACAGAGAUGCGCCCACCGUGGACGAGACGAAUGACGUUGAAUUGCGACCCAUGGGAUCUGACCGUGAGGGUGGAGACGAGGACCUUACUACACUACUCGACCGUAGUUCCGGUCACACCACCAGUUAUGAGGAACUUGGAAAUAUAUUGUCGUCGGGGAAUGCCGUGCUAUCGGAUUUUCAUGUGCGGCAUUCGCUUCGCACGGCUUGGAACGAUUCGGGAAAUACCACAGAGGGCGCUGCGGCAUAUGCGCUACAGAACGUAGGUUACAACGCGACACUUGCAGCGUUAGCGGCGCAGCGAAGAGCCAGACUUACUGCUGCUCAAGGCACUGCUCAGCCGCGGCAGUCAUAA